UGGCUUCCAUUCCAGGCAGGACCCAAAUCCUACAGGUCUCAGGCUCGAAUCGAAUUUAGAACUAUGCCGAUGCAGGCCUCCCCAUUGUGUUUUGCAGCCAAGGUUCCGCUUCGCGUUAAGUCGCAGCAUACAAAUCCGACCAAGUUCAAAGAUCUCAGCUCCAUGGCUGAGGCUGCUGCUCCGAAGUGGGCUCAGAAAACUAUUACUUUGACUCCUCACAAACGCGGUUGUCAUCUCAUCACUUCUAAGAUUGUAAAAGAAAUUGAGCAGGACUUGUCUGGAUUCAAGUGUGGCCUAGCACAUCUCUUCUUGCAACACACUAGUGCUUCUCUUACCAUCAAUGAGAAUUAUGACUCUGAUGUUCGUGAUGAUACAGAAAGGUUUCUCAAUAUUGUAGUUCCUGAGGGGCCAUCUGCACCUUGGAAGCAUACUUUAGAGGGCCCAGAUGACAUGCCAGCACAUAUCAAAUCAUCAAUGUUUGGUUCCACACUCACGAUACCAAUUACAAAUGGAAAGCUAAACAUGGGGACAUGGCAGGGUAUAUGGCUUUGUGAGCAUCGGGAUUAUCCUACCUCCCGCAGAGUUGUCGUCACUCUGAAUGGAAUAUGAGGUCCCAAUAUAUGUUGUCCUUCGCCUGCUGUACCUGUGGCAAGGACAAACCUGAAGAUAUGUAGCGGAUUGUGUAGAUUUACUUUUACCUUUUUUAUUUGUGCUUUUGAACCAAUUACUUUUACAUUACUCUGGCAAGAACUUGAAUUCAGUGAUUCCGUGUGUCAUAUUGAUCGCGGUAGUACAUGUCAGAGCUCUGUUCUUUCACAUUCCGUGAAGGUCUAACACUGCCGCGCUCCCUUCGGGUUCAGUAGUCAGAGAUCCGAUUUGUAUGUUGGAAUAAAAUAAAUAGAAAUUAGAAAACAACAUAUUUUGAUU